CGGCGGUGUAUACUUCACUGCACGUCCAGGCCUGGAGGAAACUGCACGAGAAGAUUCCGCAGAAGCGCGCGUUUAUACUCUAACCGGCACAUUUCCACACAGUUAACGGACUCCGUCAGCGGGAGGAUUGUCCACCAUGUCGUCCAUACUGGGGAUCGUCGCCAAACAGCUGAAGAGCCAUCCAGCUCUUAUCCCCCUCUUCAUCUUCAUUGGUGGAGGGGCCACCAUGAGCGCCCUGUACCUGGGUCGGCUGGCUCUGAAGAACCCCGAUGUCUCAUGGGAUCACAAGAACAACCCCGAGCCCUGGAACAAAUUGGAGCCCACCCAUCAGUACAAGCUUUUCAGAGUGAACAUGGACUACAGCAAGCUGAAGAAGGACAGGCCCGAUUUCUAAGCCGCCGCCGACCCUGUCGUCAGGUGUGAUGAGCCUUUGCACAUUUUGCCAAACACAAGACGAAACCCUUUACACCGAAAACACUUUAAAUCACAUGUGUACUGCGCUCAGUCGGUCAGUUCAUUUCCAGUGUGAAGUGGGGAGGGAUCAUUCACUUACCAAUGACUGUAUGAAUAAAACAGGCAACCACUUGUUUUACCAAUCCUUGAAUUUAUUUUUGUCUCUGUUGUAAAUUAUUAAAAAGCGUUUUAAUCACACA